AUGGCUCUCUCCUGCUGUGCCGUGGUGGUGCUACUGUGUGUUUUUCACUCUGCUUCGGCCACUGUUAUCGCCGACACGGACUAUGGAGGGGUUCCUCUGUGGAUUGACCGCAUGCUGGGUGAGCCCAGUGUGCUGAGCCUGCAGGGGCGGAUGAACCCAGCCUGGUUCCGAGCUAACAACCCGCAGACCUGCCCUCAACACUGUGACUGCCCCAUCCAGUGGCCCACAGCGCUCUACUGUGACCAUAGAGGCCAGGCAGACAUACCUGACGGCCUGCCAGACACAACUCAGUACCUUUUUCUACAGCACAACAACAUCUCGUCCCUGUCCUCCUCUGUACUGGUCAACAUUACCGAGCUCCGCUGGCUCAUCCUGGACCACAACCAGCUGACGAGUGAGACGCUGGACCGGGCCUCUCUGCAGAACCAGACCCAGCUGUGCUACUUUUUUGCCAACAACAACCACUUGACUUCAGUGCCCGACGUGCUACCAGCAGGGCUCAGGCAGCUGCGGCUGGCUCACAACCAAAUCAGCAGCAUCAGGCCGGGAGCUUUCCAGAAGCUGCACAACCUGACGCUGCUGCUGCUGCAGGGAAACAGACUGCAAACCAUCACAGAGGGAGACCUCAGAGGUCUGAUCAGUCUGAAUCUGUUACACCUCGGUGGAAAUUUGAUCUCGUCCGUCCCCCGACAUUUACCUUCGUCCAUCCAGCAGCUCUAUCUGUCCAAUAACUCUUUAUCUGGGCUGGACAACGGCAGUUUCAACGGGCUCCAAAAGCUUAAGUACCUGCGUUUAAGUCUCUGUGGUUUGCAGAGUGGCGGUGUCCACCCGUGGGCGUUCAACCUCUCCAGCUUGGUGGAAUUGGACCUUUCUUAUAACAAACUCACAACCAUUCCUACAGUUCCCAGCAGCCUGCAGUACCUCUACUUGGAGGCCAAUGAAAUAAAAGGUGAGGUGCACACAGAGCUGCAAUCUCCGUUCACACUUUAA